UUAUCAUUAAAUGCAAUCUGAUUUUUUGCCACAUUGACCAUUGAAUAAAAAUAAUAGAGGAAAAUAGAAUGGCGAAAGCGUCGUAUCGAAACCCAUGAGUAGACUUCAUCGCCUUCUCUGCUGUGUUAUAUGAAAACUUUCUUGAUCACUCGAUGACUCAUAUUUAUUAAGAAUGUCUUCAAGCACCGAAGUACCACAAGAUGAUGGGAAUAAUAUUUCGAAGACGCCCAGUGUUCCUGUGGUUAAUCAGGCUCAGCAGCAGUCUCAGACUGCUUCAGAAAUAACAAACAAAACAAACAAUCUACAGAGAAUCGCUCAAAAGAAAAUGCUAGUACGCAGCUACCCAAGGAAUAAAAAGCUAGAAAAAUUAGCAGUUUAUUCUAGCUGCAAGGUAGUCAUCAAUUUUUGUAUUCAGAGAUUAUUUGGGAGGGUUGAAAUGACUGGGGAGGGUUGAAAUGACUGGGUAGGGCAAAAUGUAAAUCAAGUAAAUAGGCUGUUUGUUUGACUUGGAGUGAAUGUGAAUCAUUGGUUUUUGAGAGCACAAUUUGUUAUUGAGUAAAUUUACCCAUUCUGCACAAAUUAAUUCCCACAGCCAGGCCACCUUCUUGGUUGCCAAGACAGCUCAUGUCAUGGUAACCAAGAUGGUGGCCGUGUAAAAAUACAAGACAAAGUAGUGCUAACACACAUCUGCUAAAAUGGGGAGGGGAAAGAGAGAGAAUGUGCUUUUUUAGCUGAUUACAGAGAGAAUCAAAAUGUUAAAAUGUAAUAAAAUAAUUUCAGCGGGUAAAUUAAUAAUGUGGCAACUAUAGCAACUUUAUUGUAUCCCUCUAGAUAUGCAGCAAAAAUUCUCGACAUGAAAUCACUCUCUUUCCUGCUGUAAUUUCAGCUGGUACAUUAAAUUUCGUGGCAAAAAUAGCAACUUUAUUGUAUCCCUCUAAUUAUGCCGCAAGAAGUUUCAAUGACCUGCAGUCGCUCCUUCCCUCAACUAAAAUUAAAACAUGUGUGCUACAGUUACACCCUGUGAUGUCAAAAAAGUGUAAAAUUGAAGAAUUUCAUAGAAUAAACUUUUACACUCUUUAUUGCAGGUUCCACCAAAAAGAAAAUACAAAAGUUGUUAGCAAAUCAAUAACAUACAAUACAGUACUAUAGUAAUUUUUCCAAAACCUCAGAAAAUGUAUAUAUUAUAAUUAACAGCCCAAAGAAAAUAUUAUAUUAUAUAUUUUUAAAAAAUAUAAAAAUUUAACUCCAGUAACAAUUCAGAAAUUAACAUAAGGGAGAGAAUCCUACAUAGAAGCUCAAAGUGGUGCAGAUUGCAUAAAUUGACCUGUUAUUAUUGUAAAGGCACAAUAAUUUUAAUUUCUUAAACGUCCGUGAUUGUAGUCCACCGUAUGUAAAAACCCACAACUGAGUCUUGCCACAUAUCAGCGGCAUACAAUAAAAUAUCUACAUACAUCCCAAAUUAUGUGUAGGCUUAGGCCUAUGUGAGGAAGGAAGCAACGAGUUCUACCCAUCGCUUAUUAAGUUUAAGACGCUUCUCACCCUUCCCAUCAAUUGCCAACAUUAUUAUUAGCAUUCCUUCAUUUUGCUGGUACACUAGUACAUGGUAUAGGAUAGCAUCAUUGUCUUAGAUUAGGUAGACUUUGUGAUAUAAAAAUCCCUUUCAAUCUGUAGUAAUAAAAUUUAGGCCUAGUGGUAAGUUCCUAGAAUUUCAUUUUUAAUUUUAAAAAUAUUAACAUUAAUUAAUGAUGUAAAAUACAAUACUAGGGAAAAAGGGGACAUUUAGUUAGACUAUAUAGAAAAAGAAAUUAUUUAUUUAUUUAGUUCAGGCUUCAUAAUGGACACAAGUCACCACUCCAUCUACCUCAUAUAUACACUUAUUCAAAUUCAGGAUUAAUGUAGUCAUUCAGUAUUCUUUUUCAAUCUCUUGUUUUGAAAAUAAAUUUCAGUCUGAAGGUUGCAAAUGUAACGGCUGGAAGAAUCCUAAUCCACCACCUCAGCAACCUGUAGCUGACGCUUCCCAGCCCUUAGCAAGUUUAACUGAUCCAUGUAAAAGCUGCAGACACCCUCUUGGUAAAUAUAGUGUUAUAGAGAGCUUGUUUACAUAAUAUUUCUCGUGCGUGCCCUCUGAUUGACCCCACAUGAGACGCUGUGUUCACAAAGGGGUGUGGCUUAGGCCUUUGAUGUAUUCUUGUUUAUGCCGCCAAUAAUUAAUCUGUUCCAAGUAGUGUUUUGUAGAAUGAAUCUGAUGGUUCUAGAAAUGCCAUGUAGCUUGUAGAAGGCAGGGCUUAGGCGUCGGUAGACCCACCUAUAUAAGGGAUUGACAGGCACGGGCGAGGAGGGAGAUUUUCAGAUAGAUUUUCUUAACAUUAAUGUGUUUUAUUCUUUGUGUAUUUGUGAGCUUAUAUGUGUUUAUUUCGCAUUAUUUAUUGGCACAUUAUUCUAACUGUGUUAACUGUGUACCGGUACAAGAUUUACCAUACUGUAAGUUGAAGAUUGUAAUUAUAUUUUCUUUUCUUUUGUAAUUAUCUUAAGACAUAAUAAAUCUUAAUUAAUUGUAACUAGAAACUGUUUGGGUCGUAUAUUUAAUAUUGUUGAUUCUAUGGUAUCGUCCUUUGUUAGGCACUGCUUACAACGAGCCAAUUAAAAUUAAAAUAGGAGAUUAAUUUCUCCCAAUACAAGUCAGUGCGUAACAAUAGCAUAACAUGAUGUUUUAUAAACACUUUAAAAAAAAAGUAUAAUUAUAUCAGCUUUUAUACUGACUAAACACUGCGAUUUAUGGAGAAAUUCUUUGAAAGAUAAGUAUUACUCUCUGGUUGACAGAAUGUGGGGGGUAUAAAAAUUAAAGAAAAACAGCAGAAACAGCUUGAUUUGCAAGGAAUACGAAAGAGACAACCAUGUUUUAUUUUUUAUCAUUUAGGAGCCCAUGUUUCACAUUUAGAGAACACAGAUGAAGAAGAACUGAAUAGACUCCUCCGUAUUGUUGUAGAUGUGGAGAAUUUAUUUGUUUGUGUUCAUCGAGAAGAAGACUCAGAAGCUAAACAAGUUUACUUUUAUUUGUUCAAGGUAAUACGAUUGUGGUAUAACUACGGUGAAAAAUCAAAAUUAUAUUGUUAAGGAAUGAUUAUUUUUACUAUUAGUGAAUAAUAAGAAACUUUUUACCAUUUAUUUUAUGAGUCAUUUAUCCAACCCUCAUUCUCAUGAAUAUGCCUUUUACUUUUUAUUUAGCUACAAUCUGUCAUCAUUUUACUCAAUACUGAAUAUGACUAUCAUUUAGAAUGCUUUCCUAUAGGAAAGAUAUUUUUAUAAAACAAAAGUUAUAUUCUUUGUAUAAAUUAUAAACAUUUUAUUUUUAAACUUGCAGCUCCUUAGGAAAUGUAUUUUAAACAUGAGCACCCCAUCUAUUGAAGGUUCAUUGGGGACACCUCCAUUUGAGAAACCUAGUAUUGCCAAAGUAAGUGCAAAUUAUAUUUUUCUGUUGAAUAAAAAUGUUUUUAAAACCCUACAAUUUAGCAUCAUUUACAUAAACAUGAAUAUGUACAAUGUAAUCGAAACAUAUUUCCAUUUCUUGGAUCAAUAAAAUAAUCUUAUCUUAUGUUACAUGUAUUUGUCUUUCCUUCAAGGGCGUUACUAACUUUGUAGUAUAUAAAUUUGGAACAUUGGCUCAGAAAGAAUGGCAGACAAUGUAUGACUUGGCUAAAAUGUUUUUGCAUUGUCUAAAUCACUGGAAGUUAUGGCCCCCUGCUAGCCGUGGCCAGCAACUUGAUGAGAAAGAUGAGAAUGAUUAUAAAUUGAACUACACAAGGUGUGCUAUUUUAAAUUUAUUUUAAAUUCAUAAGGUUUAUCUUAAAAUUUGUCCCAAAGUGAUAUGUUUGUUAUUAUUGAUUCUUUAAAAUUUAUUGAACCACAUGCUCAACAUUUUUUGUUGUUGAUUCUUCAUUUCAUCUCAUUGAUAGGUGGCUUUGCUUCUGCCACGUACCCGCCUUCUGUGAUAGUUUGCCUCGUCAUGAGACAACCUUGAUUUUUGGUCGCACUCUACUGAGGUCAGUUUUUCAGACAAUGAGAAGGCAGCUAUUGGACAAGUUUAGAGCAGAGAAAGAUAAGAUGCCACCUGACAAAAAGACACUGGUCCUGACACAUUUUCCCAGGUAGGCGUUAAGAGUUAUGAGCUUAUAUACAUCAAAAUUAAAAUUAUCAUGAAACAUCUAUAAUUAUGGGCUAAAUAGAAAGAAACAUUACUAAAUGAAUGAAAUGUUUAAAUCAGGCUAUUACUAAUGGUUCCUACUGAAUUUAAGGAAUUAAUAGUCUAAAUUCCGUGUUUGAAAUAAAAAUAAGAAAUUUGAUAUUAUUGGAUAGUAGAUAGAGAAUUUUGUUUUGUGCUAGAAGACCACAAUUAUAUUCAUUUUCCUAAGAAAUAAGUUCAAUUAAAUAAAUGUCAGAUAUGCAUAAUUAGAUAUUCAACUAUGCUUUCUUUCAUCAUGAUUAGAAUGCUUCUAUUUCACUGAUUUUCUGCCAGGUUUCUCACAAUGCUGGAGCAGGAAGUCUAUGGAAAUAGUUCACCCAUUUGGGAUCCAGAUUUUGUUCAAAUCACAUCCAAUCUGCCGCCACCAAGUCCUGCUGGUAACUUAAUAAAAUAUUUCAGUGAUGUGUUGGUUUUUCAAGGCUUAAUGAGAUAACAUGUUGUUGAUUCAGAAAGUUGAUUAAGACUAAUUUCCUUAACUAAUCAAACAAAACAGCUACUUUUACUCCAUUCUGUUUUUAAAAAAAAAACUGUUUUCUCUAUAAAUUUCAGCAGAAGUAAAAACCUUGCUAACAAUACUUAAAAUUAAUCUAUUAUAAAAGAAUUGAUGAACUUGCUACAAUUUGCUCUAACAUUUUGCCAGAGGCAGCUCUUUAAUGACUAUCACCCUUCCUGGGGAAACUAUUCUUUUUGAUAUGUCAGUUUUAUGGUGAUUUUGUUUUUCUGUAGUUUUUGUUGAUUUAAUUUCUAUUUUUGACAUUUUAUAUAUAUUUUAUUUUUGUUUUCUGUUUGCUUGAGACAAAUUUUUGUAUGAUGUUCUAUGUCCAUUUGGUUGAGAUGUUCUAUAAAAAUCCAUGGAAAAAAAACAAAAAACCCAAACCAAUUUUUCACUGACAGUCAGUCCAGGGGGGGCAGCAGGUGUCAGUGGUCUGAGCCGUUUCACUUCCUCCACAGUUGGGAGUGAUGCAUAUGGUGCUUUAAAUAUUAGUCCUGGUCUGCUGACCAGCGGGCGACGUGCAUCACGAUCUCAAGAAGCCGCAGGUAAUAUAUUGCUGUAGAAGGAAAUGAAACUUGGGUAUAAUGUAUCUGCUGUUACUGUGCCUGGUACUAAAAGCCAGGGAUUUUAAAUUUUCUCAUCACUGCAUUAAAUUUUAGCUUGGUCACCAGUUCUAGAGUAUGUGGAUCUCCUUUAUAAGAGCAUUUGAAAUCCCCAACAUAAUAAGCUAUAUUGUUAAACAGCCUUAUAAUUUUCUUUGCACAGAGAAAAGAAAAGCAGACGAGGCUGGUCUUAGCGAUGGUGCUAAGAGACCAAGAAUUGAAGGGGAUGUAUCAAAGGAAACUUUAGAAGAAGUGCUUUCAGAGCUCAGUACAGAUGGAGAGAGUGAUGGCACUAUGGUAGGCCCUGAGGUAAGCAUUAAAUUAUCAAGUAAAAAAGAAGUUUUGAUUUUAUCAUCCUUGUAAUAUAAACAAGAGAAAAAGAGCACCAGUUACUAAAAUGUUCAUUCUCACUGAAGGUGCAAAAUUGGAAAAGUUAUUCAACAGUUUCUUUAAUCUUUAUUUCUGACUGUUUAAUCUAUUCAGACAUUAUGUCCAACGCAUGCAGCAAGAGAUGAGCAAGCCAGGCAGGAAGAGAAAGAUGGAAAAAUAGACUUUCAUAUUAUUAAUAACUCGCUGAGUCAUCGGCCCACCAAUCAAGUUUUUCUAUGGCUAAUUGAAGUUCAGAACCUUUUUUCUCACCAGUUGCCUCGAAUGCCCAAGGAAUAUAUCACACGUCUAGUCUUUGAUCCGUAAGGCCUUUUAAUUUUUAUUGUAUAGAUUAACCAGAUCUCAUAAUUUUAGACUUGUUAAAUUAGAAAUCAAAUUUACUCUUGUAUUAAGUUGUAUAUAAAAUAUUUCAAAAAUUAGUCUCAGGCUGCUUGAAGUGUAACAAAAAAAUAUAACAUCUCCUCACAGGAAACACAAGUGCCUGGUGCUAGUUAAACACAACCAUGUGAUAGGAGGCAUUUGCUUUAGAAUGUUUCCCACCCAGUGCUUCACUGAGAUUGUGUUUUGUGCUGUGACUUCUAGUGAACAAGUUAAGGUAAUAACCUAUCCCUGAGAGGGUUUAGACAUAUUCAAUCAAUUAUAGACAGAAAGUAAAGGUGUAGGCCAACACUUGUGACGGCUCACUUCAUAACCAUACUUUUUAAAAAAAAAAAGAAAGAAAUUUGAAAAUGAAUGUUUUUGAGAAAAAGGUAAAUCACUAAAUUUUAUAAUUAUUCUUAUUUAUAAAAUUUAAAACAAACAUUUUAUUUUUGUGUAACAGAGAUAAUAAAUGAGAUGUGAUAUAUUUUAUAAUUGUUUACUGAAGUCAUUUGCUUUAUGUCCAACAGGGUUAUGGUACAACACUUAUGAACCAUCUCAAAGAUUACCAUCUCUUACACAAUAUUACACACUUCCUGACAUUUGCUGAUGAAUUUGCUACAGGUUAUUUUAAAAAGCAGGUAAGUUUUAUUAUCAAAAAACAUCAUUCUCUAUGUGAGUCGAUUUAAAAAUAUAAAUAUUUGAGUUUUUUAAAUCAAUUAUUUAACCUGCCUCUUGACCAAGAGAUAAGUUCAAUUCUGUGGAAUAGAAAUGAAAUGUACAUGAGUCCAGUGAGAGUCUUCCUUUCAGAAUAAAAUAUGGACAAUUUACAGCUAUAAUACUGUAAUGGCUUUUUCUACUACGAAAGUAACAAAAUCCCAAGGAAAAUCAUUUGAUCACUUAGGAGUAUAGUUAAUUAGUUUGAACCUGUCUCUGUUCAUAGACAACUGUGCCAGUCUAACUGGCCAGGUGACAGAAUUUGAAGGUGUCAGUACUGUCUGUCAAGACACACUGUUAACAAACAUUGCGCAUUUGGUAUAUAGGCAUUAACCUUUUCAUUACCGAUGAUGCCGACGCGACAUCACGAUCACCCACUUCAAAUUACCAAGGACCUCACAUUGUCAACAUAACAAAGAGGCUAAGAACUUUUCUGAAAUACCAAGGACGUCACGUCGUCAUAUUUCAAUGCUAUAUAUUUCUUUAUUCGUUACUCUAUAGAGAAGUUAAUAAGCAAAUCGGAUAGAGAAUGAAAUAAUGUCGGAAGUUUCAUCUUUAAGUUUUAAAUUGCCGAGUCAGCAAAAAUCGAUGCCAAAACCAGCGUUAAGGAAAGGGUUAAAAAAACGUUUGAAGCCAUUAGUUUCAAUCUUUUAUAGUAAGUUUCAGUCAAUAGUAGCAUUUUUUAAAAGAUUUAAAUUUCACAAUGUUUGAAAAUGGCCAUAAUUUUUUACGGUUACAUCUAGUUAUAAACUAAUUAGAUCAGGGGGUGGGGGGAUUCCCUGGGGGGGGGGGGUCAGUCAUAAGAUCUGUAGGGAGGCUAAAUGGUUUUUGUUUGGAGUGUAGAUUUAGGAGGGUGUCGGGACUAAAUGAGGGGCGGUGGUGGAUUAUGUCAUAAAACUUUUUUAUAAAUAAUAUAAAAAAUGUAUUAAUUAAAAAUUAUCUGAUCAUGAACGGCCUUGAAAAAGAUCCAUGAAUAAACACUUGUCAAAUAUAAUAUUACAAGUACAAGGGGCUGUUAACAACAAGAAAUAUUUACUUAGUGGGAUGUAAACGGUGCACUGCGCAAAAGUAGUGAAUGAACUUUAUAGAGGAGCAUAAUAAUUUUUCUACUCAUUCACUCGACGCAGAAUAAGAAAUUAAAUCAUAAAGCUUAUUGACUAUGGGGAUUGUGGAAAUUAUUUUGGAUUGUUAAAUAUUUAUAAAAUAGAAAUCAAGUGCUGACAGGUUGAAUCUAACUUACCCGGUAUGUCUUUCUUUUCAUGAAACAGAAGUCAAAUAAAAAUGCCUUUUUUUAUAAGAGAGGGUGGUGCAACUGUGCAUAAGUUCCGUGACCACUUAAAAAUUAUCGAAAACAUCUUAAUCAAGGCCAGGUCGCUACAGUCAGACCCAGAAGAAUUAGAAGAAGAAAAAAGAGGGAGGGGGGCAUGUUUCACUGAGGUUAGUGUUAUCCAGUGCUGUAAACCCAUGGUGACACCAGUGACGUAGGAUGGGGUGGUCCAAUGCUUAUCUUCAAUUUUUUUUUAUAAAGGGUUGGUCUUCAUUUUUUACGCAAAAAGAGGCAAGCCAUAAUUUUAUUUUAACACAAUUACUACACAUUAUUAUGAGAUACUGUAACUCUAAUCAGCUAAAUUCUAUACAAUGUAUUUAUUUAGUCUUUUAUUCUGCCAGUUAAAUAUAAAUACUGAAUGGGGAAAAAAGGAGCCAAGUAGAAAAAAACAAGACGUCAUCUAGGGCUAAAGCCAUAAUCGGGUGGAGUUUGAAAGAUAUUUUCUUUUGGUUAUAAGUGGGAUGACAUGAAAUGCAUGCACUAUUUCUUGCUUCUAAACUAUAUAAAAACAAAAUCACUCAGAAGAUUGUUAUUAUUCUAAGUAUUUUAAUACAUUAAAAAUACUAAAGACAAUAUAUUUUACAACCAAAUCCCAAAGGCAAAAAUGUAUUUUUAAAAAUGUGCUUCAAAACGUAUAAAAGAAUGUUUAGAUAAACAUGAGUUUGUUUAGAUUCCAUGCUUCUUACAUUUCGAUCUAGGGCUUCUCUAAGGAUAUCAAACUUCCAAGAUCACAGUAUUUAGGGUACAUUAAAGAUUAUGAAGGAGCAACUCUGAUGGGAUGUGAAUUAUGUCCAAGAAUUAAUUACACAGACUUUUCUAGAGUUAUUCGCAAACAGAAAGAGGUAAAAAUAUGAAAAUUUGGUUGGACACCUGAAGGUGUAUUUUAAAACAAUAAUAUUUUGCUAUAGAGUUAGUUGUAAAUUGAUUCUUCAGCUUUUAUUAAGUUUUUUUUAUCUAUAAAUAAAAUUAGUUCUUCUCUAACAGAUAGUGAAGAAAUUGGCAGCCAGGAAAAGCCUAGAGACAGAGAAAAUCUAUAGUGGAGUCAGUUUAUUUAAAGAAGGUGUCAAACUUCCCAUCCCCCUAGAGUCCAUUCCAGGUCUGUUGGAGUCAGGGUGGAAGCCUCCAAUCAAGUAGGUUACAGUGCAUCUGUACUAUAAAACAAAUUCUGACAAUAUGCUUUAAAUGCCAUCAAAAAUAAUUGCAAGGACAUAUCUAAGCAUAGACAAAGUUCAAAGUAAUAUUAGUUGAUGUGUAAUUAAUUGCUUCAAAUCUCACUCAAGAGACUAGUGAAAUCAAAUUUUGGUUUGGAUAAAUUAUAAAAUGAUAAUAUUUUUUUUCUGAGAAAUUUCCUUUGUUUUUUAAUUGUCAGACUGUUUGAACUAAGCUAUGUUAUUACUAUUAUUUUUUAAAUGCAGUGUAUUAGUACUAGUACUAUCUGAUUUUAGAAUGAUUUUUUGUUUUUUUAAAAUUAUUUUGUUAAUAUUAAUAACUUAAGAUAUAAAUUGUUCUUUCUUUUUUUUAUUUGAAUGACCACAUUAUGUUUUUAAUAAACAGGAAAGAAAAAGAAUCUCAAAUAGACCCUGAUCAACUGUACAACAUGUUGAGAACUAUUCUACAGCAAGUUAAGGUGGGUUAUCCUUGUACCAUCUCUCAAGUCUAAUGCUAAUUACUAGCUUCAAUCAGUUUUAUUCUCAAGUUAUUGUGAUCAAAGAUGAGAACAAUGUCAGACCUUGUUAUAGUGACAGUAGGGAAGAAUUAAAUUGAAAUAGUUUGUUUCAGUAAAACAAUUUUUUUUAUUGAGCCACAUGCCUUUCUGGAAACAGCACUUUGUAUGGGUCAUAUCUAACAAUGCUACGCCUUGAGGCAAGAAUGAUAAAUUACAAGUUAUUCCUUAAUAUUAAUAAGCACUGUUGAUCUAAAAUGUUGAUUGAAAAAAAGCAAAUACGAGUUCUACUUUUUGAAGUAGCCCAAGUUUGACAAAAUUAUUUGAGCUCAAGUAUAUUAUGUGUAUGGCAUAAUCUCCACAACAGAGUCAUGCCAGUGCCUGGCCUUUUCUCAAACCUGUGGACAAGUCAGAAGCUCCAGAUUAUUAUGACCAUAUCAAGUUUCCAAUGGGUAGGACAUUUUGACUUACUGUAGUUUAUCAUGUUAUUAAUAACUCCUUAUCAUUUUUUUCAACUUGCUAAAACAGUUACCAUUUUAUAUAUUCUCAUUUUUGGCCCAUCUUAAAAUAUGCCUGAGCAAUUUAUAAGUAGUUAUUUGUAUUCAUUUGAAAAAAAUGUUGAGUAAGGUGUUCAAUAAAUGACCCUGUCAUCAUAUCAUAAAGACGGGGAAAAGUCAGUUUUUUUUAUAACAACAUUUCUUCUUUCUUCUAAUACUUAAAUGUUUUGUUUUAUAUUUUUUUGGCCAACCAUUUAAUUUUUUUUCGAAGCAAUUAAUUUUUUUUUCAAACUACAUUUUAACAGAUCUCCGCACCAUGUCUGAAAGACUUAAAUCAAGGUAUUAUGUCCACAAGCACCUAUUUGUUGCAGACAUGAAUCGAAUUGUAACAAAUUGCAGAUCUUAUAACGAGCCAGACACGGAGUACUAUAAAUGUGCCAACACAAUAGAGAAAUAUUAUAUAACUAAAAUGAAGGAAGCUGGACUAAUGGAUAAGUGAAAGGUUUCUGCUUCUGGCGUCCACGUUGAAGUGAAAAGUUUUUGGAUCUGAUAUCCAUUGAUCCCAACACAGACAUUUAUGUUUAAAUUUGCUAUUCUUUAUUUAGCUGUUGCUCGUCAAACUGGCUGGUAGACAAGUUUGCUGCUGGACAGAACCAAUAAAUAUCUUUGACAAAUCUGCUCAAAGCUGAGUCAGGGUAGGAUUUAUGAUGAAUCUUCAUGAAAAGUCACAAUGAAAUAGUGUUUUAAGAAAUGUGUUUAUAUUAGUGAGAUUGAAAGAACACUUCUUUACAUAACUCUGUAAACAAACUUGCUCAUUAAUAAAAGAAAGAAGAAUACAUUUUUGUGUCGGUGAUAUCUCAAGUGCCACUAAAUUCUGAGACUUGAUUCAUUUAAAAUUAUUAGGCUUUACCGGUACUAGUUACAAGGUUUUUACACUGACAUGCUUUAUUUAGAAUGGUAGCAGUCUUGAACCAAGAUAAAUUGUUUGUUGUAACUUAAGUUUAGUUUGACAAAACGUUAGAUGCAAAAAAUGCACUUGACAGAGGAAAUAUUUUGGUUUCAAUCAUUGAUGAAUUAUACUGUGGAUAAUUUGAUUGUGACAAAGCAAAGGUCAAUUCGAUGUUGCCUUAGUUUCAACACUCAGACUCUUUCACAUAUUUAAACUUUAAAUGAUAAUUUGGAGAAUCGUACUAGUCUCUGCAUGAAAGUAAGCCAUGUAAUAAUCUGUGUUGUUAUUGAAUUUAUUUGGUGGGAGAGCAAAGGCUAAUGUUGUCUAAGUCUAAUUACUAAUACAUGAUUUAUUUAUUCCCACUGUCCUGUCAUUGUCUCAAAUAAAUACUAUUUUUAUUGUUUUUGUAUCUUUCUACAUUCAUGAUGUAAGAAUAAAAUGAAUAUCGC